AUGGGUGUUAUCCGCAAGAAGACGGCCGUCCGGGGCGGCGAGGGCGGCGUCAAGUAUGUCUGCGAUGUCUGCAGCGUUGACAUCACAUCCACUGUCCGCAUACGAUGUGCGCACCCGGCGUGCAACGAGUACGAUCUGUGUGUUCUCUGCUUCUCGAACGGCUCCUCCAGCAACGCCCACCAACCGGCGACACACCCCUAUCGCGUCAUCGAACAGAACUCGUUUCCCAUCUUCGACCAGGAAUGGGGCGCCGACGAGGAGCUGCUGCUCAUCGAGGGCUGCGAGAUUUACGGGCUGGGGUCCUGGGCCGACGUCGCCGACCACAUUGGCGGGUACCGGCACAAGGACGAGGUGCGCGACCACUACUACAAGAUCUACAUUGAGUCGUCCAAGUUUCCGCUCCCAGAACGCUGCAGCCCACACGACAUGCAGCUCGCCAGCGAGAUCCCUAGAGAGGAGUUCCAGGCGCGCAAGAAGCGGCGCAUUGAAGAGCGGCGUGAGGCCGCGAAAGCGGCGCCCGCGCUGACACCCAAGACCAAGCCGACGGCGUCGGUGCCGUCGUGCCACGAGAUCCAAGGCUACAUGCCGGGCCGCCUCGAGUUUGAGACGGAAUACGCCAACGAGGCCGAAGAGGCCGUCCAGCUGAUGCAGUUCGACCCGGGCGACGGCAUCAACCCGCGCACGGGCGAGCUCGAGCCGGAGAUGGACCUGAAGCUGACCGUCAUGGAAAUCUACAAUUGCCGGCUCACACAGCGCGUCGAGCGCAAAAAGGUCAUCUUUGAGCACAACCUGCUCGACUACCGCGAGAACAACAAGCUCGACAAGAAACGCACCAAGGAAGAGCGCGACCUCAUGAACAAAGCGAAGCCGUUUGCGCGCAUGAUGAACCACGACGAUUUCCGCGAUUUCUGCGACGGCCUGACCCACGAGCUGUUUUUGCGGCAAGCCAUUGCGCAGCUGCAAGAGUGGCGCAGCCUCAAGAUUGGCGACCUCGAGAGCGGCAACAGGUACGAGCAGGAGAAGGCGCAGCGCAUCCAAAAGGCCAUCCCGCUCGGCUCCAUGGACCGCGAACGCCUGGCCACGGCGCAGCGCAACAACAAGAACCAGCCGCCGCCCGAGCCGCCGAGUGGUGCCGCGCUGCUGCUGGCGCCCGACCUGCCGAUCAACGGCCCGCUGCCUAACGGCACGGCGGCCGUUGCGGAUCACGUCAACGGCGACGACAAGGACGGCAAAGACAAGGACAAGGACAAGGACAAGGACGCGAAAGCCACCAACGGCAGCGUGGUCGUUGCCAACGGUGUCAAUGGCCACUAUGCAAAUGGCAUCAACGGCCACACGAAUGGGGUGAAUGGCGUCAACGGCGUCAACGGUGUCAACGGCAUCGUCAAGCGCGAAAAGCAGCCCACCGUCCCCAUCUACGGCAUACCGUCGCUCACCCUCACGCAAGACAACGCGCCCGAUCUGCAGCUGCUCACGCCCGAGGAGAUUGAGCUGUGCCAGAUUGUGCGCCUGCAGCCCAAGCCGUACCUGAUGAUCAAGGAGCAAAUUCUGAAGGAAGCCAUGCGCGGCAACGGCACGCUCCGCAAGAAGCAGGCCAAGGAGAUCUGCCGGCUCGACUCGCAAAAGGGCGCGCGCAUCUUUGAUUUCUUUGUCAAUGCCGGCUGGGUUGGCAAGGCGUGA